CAGGCAUGCAGACCAGACAGAACGCUUCAUGGCCAAGUCCAUGAUCAGGCACGCAGAGCGGACAGAACCUCUCAUGGCCAAGUCCAUUGACAGGGCUGUGGACCUGGGCCAGAGCCUGAAAGUAUCACAGAUGAAGAAGGCCUUCGAUUUCACUAAGAAGCCUGCUGAAAAACCACCAGAGACAAAGCCUGAACCCAAAAAAGAUAUGUUCAGGCGAGUGGUGCGAGCGAGUAAGUUCCGUCAUGUCUUUGGCCAGGCGCUGAAGAACGACCAGUGCUACGAUGACAUCCGCGUCUCCCGGGUCACAUGGGACAGCUCCUUCUGUGCCGUCAACCCAAAAUUCGUCGCCAUCAUCAUCGAGGCCAGUGGGGGCGGAGCCUUCCUUGUCCUCCCUCUGCUAAAGACUGGUCGCAUAGACAAGGCCUACCCAACAGUAUGUGGUCAUACGGGUCCUGUCCUGGACAUCGACUGGUGCCCUCACAAUGACCAUGUCAUCGCCAGCGGCUCAGAGGACUGCACAGUCAUGGUGUGGCAGAUCCCAGAGAAUGGGCUGGUCACCCCGUUGGCUGAGCCUGUGGUGGUGUUGGAGGGACACUCGAAGAGGGUGGGCAUCGUCACUUGGCACCCCACGGCCCGGAACGUCCUCAUGAGUGCAGGCUGUGACAACCUGAUCAUCAUCUGGAACGUGGGGACGGGCGAGGCCAUGAUCCAGCUGGAGGACAUGCACCCUGACGUCAUCUUCAGCGCCUGCUGGAGCCGCAAUGGAGCCUUCAUCUGCACCGCCUGCAAGGACAAGAAUAUCCGUGUUAUUGACCCCCGCAAGGAGAAGAUUGUGGCUGAGAAGGACAAGGCCCACGAUGGAGCACGGCCCAUGAGAGCCAUCUUCCUGGCUGACGGAAACAUCUUCACCACCGGCUUCAGCCGCAUGAGCGAGCGGCAGCUUGCCCUCUGGAACCCUAAAAGCAUGGAGGAGCCAAUAUCAGUCCAUGAGCUGGACACCAGUAAUGGAGUGUUGCUGCCCUUCUAUGAUGCAGACACCAAUAUAGUGUACCUGUGUGGGAAGGGUGACAGUAGCAUCCGGUACUUUGAGAUAACAGACGAGGCUCCAUUCGUGCACUACCUCAACACCUUCUCCAGCAAGGAGCCCCAGCGAGGUAUGGGCUACAUGCCCAAACGAGGACUGGACGUCAACAAGUGCGAGAUUGCCAGGUUUUAUAAACUACAUGAGAGAAAAUGUGAGCCAAUCAUUAUGACAGUCCCCCGAAAGUCGGACCUGUUCCAGGAUGACCUGUACCCGGACACAGCAGGACCAGACUGUGCCAUGGAGGCGGAGGACUGGUUUGAUGGGAAGAACGGCGAGCCCAUCCUGAUCUCCCUGAAAAACGGCUAUGUCCCCGGCAAGAACCGCGACCUCAAGGUGGUCAAGAAAUCUAAUGUCUUGGAGGGCAAGCCAGCCAAGAAAGCAGCAAACACCUCGCCUGCCAAGAGCAAGGCCUCUCCACAUCCAUCUAUACAAAAUGAAGGGAAACUGGAGGAGCUGCUGCGAGAGGUCAAGUCGCUCAGGGACCUCGUCACCCUACAGGACCGCCGAAUUGCCAAACUGGAGGAGCAGAUGUCCAAGGUUGCCAUCUAAGACUCAGCCCCCGCUCAGGACCAUUCAUUGAUUGGGAGAUAAUCGAGUGAACAGGGCCAGUCACUGCCAAAAUUUGAGAAUUCGGCUUCAUCAUUCCGCUUGGAAUCUUCCCAGCGAUGAUCCCAAGCACACAUUCCAAGAUGAACUUUGUUUUUUUAUCAUGUCUACCCCUCACACUUAACUCUAAAAUACUUAGAGAAACAACUGUUGCAAUUCAUAGUCCACCUUUUUACUGGGGAUGAAACGCAUUUAAAUAACUGCCAUUUUUUGGUUGAUUGAAAAGUCUUACCAUUUUGUUAUUGUUUUAAAUUGUGGUCAAGAACAUUCUGAUGGGAAGUUUGUACUUACUGCAAUACUCUCAACAAUUGUAUGUAGCCACCAGUAUUGCCAUAUUCCCUUGAUUUUUGUGCUGCCAAAAAAAUGUUUGUGUGGGUGUGGGUUUUCAUUUAUUUAGUCUUUUCUCCUGUUUUGCAUUCCAGUUACAGACUAUAGGGUAAUAGAAUGAUUUAGGCAAAGAGAAUAAUUAUCUUUGAACCAACUAUAGCUGUUACACUGUUGCAAAAGAAAGAGAAAGAUAUCAGAAUUUUUCCGCCACGCCAGCUGCUCGUAUUAAGCAUCAGGUCACUGAAUGUGAAGGAAGUCUGACGAUAUUGUUAGUUCUUCUGGGUGUAGAUUUUAACUGCGGGGGUGUCGGCAGGCAGUGGCGUAAACUGCAGCUCUCGCUGGUAUAAAUGUAGUGGUGCCUCUGUCACGCUGUGGAGGGUAUUAGGGCUCAAUCUGAGGUCACCCACUCCGGUGCAUGUUGUGGCAUUGGAAAGGGACCUCUCAGCAUUUCUUUCACUCAACCAUCUAGUUCAUGUAGUAAGGUGCAUGCAAUAAAGAUUUUACACAUGGAAAUGUCUUCUCCACAAUAAAUCCCUUAUUCUUUGUUUGCGCUAA